GGCAUAGCGACGCCUCAGCACCUGCGACCCAGGGCAUACGGCAGCGAUAAAAAAAAGGAGAAGAAAAAGAAAACAGCGGUUGGCGGGGGGAAAAAGUUUACUGUUGUGAUAGUUACAUUUCCGGUUGUGUGUGUUGCCACAUGGCGGUCUCUUAAUUUAUGGGCGCGGGCUUUAUCGUCUUCGCGAGGAGGAGCGAGAGAACCGGUUGUGAGGUGUAAUCCAACGCCCGUGGCCGCGGUUGCUCGAGAAAUCAAACCCGCUGUCGGGGCGAGGGCGUCGUCGUCGCACCCUGGCGGUUACGUAAGUCUCCUCGAGUAGUUAAUGAGGUGCCACGCCCUACUCCUGCUCAGGCACGAGGCACUCCUGGUGGCACCGACGAGACAGGGAUACCCCAGAAGGGGCAUUGACUUAGCAUCUCUAGUUUGUGCCCCAACGGCUGGCAUCGGGUCCGGAGACCGCGGGGUGAUACCCUCUUACCUGGGGUUGCUGUACGCUGCCACAUGAUUGAAUUACUGCAUUCUCCCACGCUCUGUACGUCACUCCGCGGCCGCGACCCUGGGUUCUUAUCGCUGCACAGUGCGCGUAUGACCUGUUCAGACCGUUCUCGGAUGGACGGCCGGGAAAUAUUAGAAGCCGAGUCCAGAUGAUAAUGUUGGUGACGAGCACAGCAACUGGGCAGCAGUGCGGCAGCGAGUGGUCGCUAACGCCGCUAACGAUGGCAGCCCUAAAUAGCCAUGGUGUUCCGGCGCACCUUGGGCUUACCAUUGCUUUGUGAAGCAGCGUUAAAAAUGCAUAAGAGGUCCGCGCCCUUCACGAAGAAGGAAUGCAGUUCGCCGUGCGAAAGGCAGGAGAAUAAAGGGUUGAAGCGCGGCGGGGGCAUUCCCGCUGCACUGGCAGUCGUGAUCCUGGCAGGCCAGCUCCCACCACCGCCACCGCCGCGGCUGCCAGCAUCACCAUCACUACCGCCAGUCAUAGCCAGUAGUACUACGGCGUCCUUGAUAGUGCUUAGUGGGCCACUUUGUGGAGCCUCAUUGUUCCUGCUGCAGCCCUUCGGGGCCUCCCUGCUUCGCCCUUCAGUACCUGGAUGCCGCCCCUUGUCCCUCUGCUCGGCUGCCUCGUUAACCUGUCACGUGGGGCGCCAUGACAGCUUAAAGGGGCGGGGACUGGGCGGGCGCGGCCCUUCCUUCAGGACACAGGAGAGUAAUAACACGAAACAGUAACAGUGUAAAGAUUGAGCCUAAGGCAAGUGAUUGCCGCAGCGAAGUGGCAGAGAGUAGACUAAGUGUCUUGAUUUUACUUGUGACUUGACUCACGUAUUUGUGUUUUCCUCUUCCUUCAACCUGCCCUCGCCGUCUCCUGUGGGCGUACCGUGGGCGUCCCUCUCACCAUGACCGACACCGCUCCGCCGCCCGCGCCCAUCGCCAUCCCCACGCCUGCGACCAACGGUGGGCCCCCUUCCGGCAACCCCCCGACGCCGCCCACGCCCGUGACGGACAUGACGCCCUCCACGUCCCCGUCGUCGUCGCCCACCGCCACCACUCCCACAACGCCCCAAUCCACCACCUCGGGCAUCUCGGGCAUCUCCACCACCUCCACCACCAACAAUAACAACAACAACUCCAACGCCUCCACCGUGUCGCCCAACUGCUCGCCGACAUUA